AUUCCUGCCCUUAUGUCUCGUAAAACAUAUCAAAUCCUGCAUUCACUUUUUUAAUUGUAAUUUUCAGGCAAGGUUAAGCAUAAAUGUAGUAAAAAAAAAAAACCUGCAAGCUGCUCUUUAACACCUAUGCAACUUCUGGUCACGUGGAAUUGGCCGUUGUCAUGGUAACUGUAAACAGCAGAGCGCACACACCGGGACAAAGGAGUCAGAAACAUGUCGGAUGUCGGUUCUGAUGAGUUUGAUGAUGAACGCGGGAAACUUGGGGAGUAUGACGGCGGGAGGAACGGAGCCGGAGAGAGGCACGGAGCCGGGAGAGCCGUCCUGCCCAACGGGGACGUGUAUCAGGGCGGGUACGAGAGCGGCAGGAGGCACGGACAGGGGACAUAUUGCUUCAAGAAUGGGGCGAGAUAUGUUGGAGACUAUUACCAGAACAUGAAACAUGGACACGGCACCUUCUACUAUCCCGACGGCUCUAAAUAUGAAGGUUUGUGGGUUGAGGACCUGAGACAGGGUCAUGGUCUCUACACCUACCCCAAUGGAGAUGCUUAUGAGGGGGAGUGGCUUCAUCAUAUGAGGCAUGGCCAGGGCAUUUACAACUACCAGGAAACUGUCUCCAAGUACAAGGGCUCAUGGGUAAAUGGCAAGAUGGAGUCAGCUGGGGAGUAUAUCCACUCUAACAACAGAUACAUGGGUAACUUUGUCAACAAUAAUCCGUCCGGCCCGGGGAAGUACGUGUUUGACGGCUGUGAGCAGCACGGUGAAUACCGCCCCGCUGAGCAGCCAGCGACUGAUGAGGAGAACGGUACAAAUCUAAAAACACAGCGGUCCCCCUACCUAGGCUCCAGAGAGGGGUACCUCAGCACCGAGGAGGACCGAGCUGAGGGUGAGUGGGGGGAGUCGGGCUCGCCUGCCAUCCUCAAGUGGAUCCCCAAGUGUGUAACCGACUUGACGCUGUGGACAGGCACACACACUUCAUGUGCAGAAAAGGACACGGCUUCAGCAGAGGCAGAGAACUGACAUGUCUGAUCAAUCCUCAAACAUAAAUAUACUAAUACAUUUGUAAAUUAGCCUUGUCUUUUUCUUUGAAGGUGUUUAGUAGAAGCAACAGGAAACGUUUCCUUAUAUAAUGUGCUGCCCCUGUCUGCUAAUCUCCAAACAGCUUCAUAUGUCUAAAAUACAUAAAAAGCUACCAGACCUGGUAUAUUCACAGUGUUCCAUUUUUAAAAAGAAAAAGGUGAUAGAGGAAGUUAAUUAAAUAAAUCAAAUUAUUUGUAAACUAUUUACAAUUUAAAACAGGGUAAGAAUGUGUUUUCUGUUGUUUUGUUAGGAGGUUGCUGCUUGAAUGCUUUCAGACAAUUUUACUAUAUACUUUUUUUGUUAGGUUAGGUUCUGACAAAUAAAAUUACUGAAAAAACAUACAUUUUAUUUU